GCAUGUAACCAAUUACCCGUACAAUUACAGGUGAAGACCCUGUUAUCACGGGUUACACGGGCAGAUAUUACUCUGCGAUGUGACGCUUACUGCGUGGUAAAUUAACGAUUGGUGAAUACUGCAGCAAGCCUCAAGAUGGACGCGAACCCCUUGUCAAAGUAGCCGAAGUCUCAGUAUGCUUGUGGACCAAGGCGCUUUGGACUCACAACGCCAACCAGCCAGCCCGACAGCCUGAUGCAUUCAUCCCAACCAUCGUCCUCGAAAACAGCGUUCGUGUCACCCCCCAUACAGCAAGUGCUCGCCAAGAAGUCUCACCACCACUUGCAGAGUUCGUGCCUACUGCUUACUCCUACGGAUGAAACCCCCGAUGCAUGACAUGUACCGGCACCUGUCGGGAUUGGUCUGUCCCAUCCUGCCUGGGGCCGACCUGUUGCUGCUGCUAGCUUCGCUAUAUUUGCCUGUGUCCUCCGAGCUGGACUCCUCCCCAGCGCCAGCGGCUAGGACCUCUUCCUCACCAGCAUCCGACCCACCCUCCGAGCUACCCUCCUCUGUCCGCCCCCUCCACCCUCCCUUGCCUGCGCCGCCCUUCCCCGCACCUCUGGCGGUCCCCUUGCUUGCACCCCUGCCCUACGGGGGGAGCGUCAAGGAAAGCCAGCUCUAUUUCCUCCUGUCCUAUGAGGGAAAGGAGCAGGAGUUGCGCAGACGGCUCCCCACCUUGUCUGCGGACGAGGUCGAGAAGAGCAUGGUCGUUUUCAACCCUUUCAACGGGCGGUGGGGUCUUGCUGGAUUCAGAGAUGUGUUUAUCGCACCCAAGCCGUACGAGCGGUUAUAUGGCUGCCUCUUCAAGGGUUGCGAUGGUGGUUGCCCUCCUCCGGGGAGACGUUCCUGGCCUGGACGGUCUCCUCGCGACAGGGGUCAGUGCCAAAUGGCGGAAGGGAAUGCUGGCCCUUGCUUGGGUCAGUGCAAAGAAGCGGACCCAUGGAAGCUGACAGCAUACCUGGUGCAGAUGUAUGCAUGCACUAUAUACAGCUCGGCCGUUGCAUUGACCAACCGAUGCUAG